AUGUGUUAUGGUUGGUACGAGUACUUGUUGAAGUGCAUGCAAUGCGGCAGCACAUACGGAAGCCGGUACAACGUGCGCAAGUGCGCCCUGGAGAAGAGCCAGAAGUCGUGCUCCCGCCCAGGUGCCCCUGGAGGCAGGCUGAAGGUGACCAAGAUUGAGGACGACGUCAAGUUGGACUGGGCCUGCGAGAACUGCAAGCACAACGGCAAAGGUGGCAGCACGGGUCAGACGAAUUCCAGAGUGAAGCCGUUGGUGUGGAACAAUCAGAUCAACAACUGGUCAAGUACCUGGUAA